GUAGCAGCAUUGGUGCCCUCGCCCCCACGUUCCUUCUGUGUGUCACAGCCCCGUGUUCGGGAGGGCCACCAGCCAGGACUUCUCCCAAGGAGCCCAUGCCAGCUUGUGUGGAGGCCCCGUGUCCUUCCCGCUGCGGCUGCGUCGGCAACCGAGGGGUCUCCUUCUGCUGCCGUGGGCAGGCACAGAAGGGGAGGGUUUGCUUAGUUUUUCAGCUGUGCCUAAAGUUCAUGUCCAGCUGUCUUGGAUACUUUGGAGAACGGAUUCCUUCCCACCUGGGGCAGGUUGGCCGGGCUGGGGGAGUCCCCAGGGCACGUGGCAGUGUGUCACAGGGCCCUUUGUGACACGAUGGGAUGGCACGGGGCAGGGUGUCACAGGGCCCUUUGUGACACGUGAGGACAUAGUAGUGGUGGUGAGGUGGCAACGCCUCAGUGCUCCUUGGAGCGUGCGACGGGACGGACGGGACAGAGCGGUGCUGUGCGGAGACCCCGUGCAGCCAACUCGUUCCUCUCUGACCGAAGCGUUUUGGAGGCUUUUCUGUGCUGUGAGCGUCCUCGAGGCCAGACCGCGGGACUUGGUGACACGGAGCUUUUGCGAGGUGUCUCCAAUCCCUGUGGCAGCUGCCCUCGAGGCCGCACUGCAGGACUUGAGUUUCGUAGGCUUUUCCAUCUUUCAGGUGUCCUUGAGCCCAGACCGCAGGACUUGGUGACCCGGAGCUUCGGCGAGGAGUCUCCAGGCCCUGCGGCAGGUGCCCUCGAGGCCAUUCUCUGGGGCUUCGUGCCCCGGAGCUUUUCCCUGGCGUCUCCAAUCCCUGCAGCAGGUGCCCUUGAGGCCCGACUGUAGGAUGGCGGAGAGACGCUUCAGUGUGACCAGGCUGCUGAGGAGGAAGAAAAAGAAGGAAGACCCUGGGACUGCCCCAACACAGCAGCCUGAGGAGGUGGAGCAGUUCCAGCCCCUGCCGGAGGAUCCAGGAUGGGACCGGACACAAGAACAGGACCGUGCUCAUGGCCCCUUCCGCAGGGCAGCACAGGCCUUUCUGAAAUUCGUGGGUGUUCGGCGUGGACAGUACAGGAUCACACCAGCCGAGGUCAUGGCACAGCCUGACCCCACGCCGAGUGAGCUCAAGGCACACCCUGAAGUCGGCACCGCGUUGACUGACGGCACAGCAAACUGUGACAGCGCGGUGACCGAUGACAGGACAAAAUCCAACACGGCGCUGCCUGAGCUCACCACGGAGGCUGACGGUGCAACGACUGAGGGCAUGGCAGACACUGAGAGCACACCCGUUCAGUGCCUGCCCGAUGCUCUCAGUGUGGAAGUUCUUGAUGAAGGAGUUAUCUCUGUGGAAGUAGCCAUGGAGCCAGACAGAGGCAUGGAGCAGAGACCCCCCAGGGUGCCCAAGCUGGCGUGGGUGAAGAAGGAGGAGGAAAGCUCUGGAGUACCCCCGGCACAGCACCCUGAGGAGGUGGAGCAGUUCCAGCCCCUGCAGGAGGAUCCAGGACGAGACUGGACACAGGAGCAGGACCAUGCCCGUGGCCGCUUCUGCAGAGCUGAUCAGAGGGUGCGGAAAUCCAAGCCUGUUCGGCGUAGAAAGGCCAGAACCUCACCAACCAAGGUCAUUGUACAGCCUGAGCCCAACCUGACCAAGCUCAAGGCCAAGGCUGACACCCCACAGACUGAGGGCAUCGCAGACACUGACAGGACAGCCGCUCAGUGCCUGCCUGGUGCUCCCGGUGUGGAUGUUCCCGAGGAGGGAGUUGUCUUUACUCAAGUAGCCUUGAAGCCCAACAGAGGCAUGGAGCAGAGACCCCCCAGCAUGCCCAAGCUGACCUUGGUGAAGGAGGAGGAGGAAGAGGAACGCCCUGUGGCUACACCAGCAGAGCAACCUGAAGAGGUGGAGCAGUCACAGCCCCUUCAGGAGGAUCCUGGACGGGACCAGACCCCAGAGCAGGACCGUGCCCGUGGCCGCUUCCGCAGGGCAGCACAGAGGGUGCAGAAAUCCAAUCCUGUUCGGUGUAGAAAGGCCAGGACCUCACCAACCAAGGCCAUGGCACAGCCUGACCCUGACCCAACUGUGCUCAAGGCCAAGGCUGACCCCCGAGGGACUGAGGGCAUCGCAGACACUGACACAACACCCGCUCAGUGCCUGCCCGAUGAUCCCAGUGUGGAAUUUCUUGCUGAGGGACUCAUCUCUGCUCAAGUAAGCAACCUGUGGGCAGGGAUUGUGUGGGCCCUCAAGCUGGGUCUGAUGGGCCCCUUCAUCCUCCAUCCUUGA